AUUAGAUUUGUCUCUCUGGUCUAAACCCUAUGCCAGGCCCAAAGUCUCAGUCUCAAAAUGGCAGGCACCAGCGUAGAGAGCUCUUCAAAUCCUCCAAAACCCACAAGCGACAGGCCUGUAAUUGUUAGGGUUAAACGCAAAGCUACGCAAUCUCGGGUGGACGCUUUCUGGCUUGAAAUCAAUGAACGCCCGUUGAAGCGGCCGUUGUUGGACUUUGAGAAGUUAUCGAUCUCUCAAUCAUCUGGGAAAGCAGAGGAGUUGAAGGCUAAGAAGGUUUUUGUACAGCAUGUGGAGACAGUUACCACUUCUGAGGCCACUGUUGAGAUUGUGCAAUCAUUUGUGCUUUCUAAUUCUGCUGAUGCACAUCAUGGUGAAACAAAGAGUGAGGAACGCAGACGUUCUUUUAAUAAAGAGAAUAGGCAGGAUCAGACCUUGAUUAAAGCCAGGCAUCAGCAGGAGGUAUUGGCAAAAACUGCACGCUUUGAACAAAUAUGGAGGAGCAGAACUAGAAACAAAGAGGAAAUGAGUAAUAAAUCGUUACAUGAAAUGUGUCAGUUUUAUGAUAUUGUUCGUGUUGAUGUUGAGCAAAAAGCCAAUGAGGUGCAAAAGCAGAACAGAGAUAUAUCAUUGGAGGAUAGCAGAUUGUUGUCUAGUUAUCUGCCUUUGCUGAGAGACUUUAUACCCAGUGCUGCUGAAGAGAUUGAAGCUGACAUGCGCUCUUAUAUGUCCGCACAAGAUGAUUAUGUCUAUGACUAUUAUACUGUGAAUGAUGACAUGAAUGUUGACGAAGAAGAUGCUUCACACUCAUUUCCUCUGGUCCAAGUUGAUGAAGAUGAUUUCUAUGAUGGACCUGAUGUAUCAGAGUAUGAUAGUGAGGAUUCGAAUGCUGAAGAUAAUCCCCGGAAUGAAUAUCCAGAUGAGAUUUCAGAAGAGGAAGAGGAAGAAGGGGAAGAAGAGGAAGAAGAGGAUGAAUCAGAAGAUGAGAGUGAGAGAGAGAGUAGCAGUGCUGCCAGUGAUGUAGGCCGAUUCAGUGAAUAUUAUGACUAUCUUAGUGAUGACAGUCUUCAUCUUGAUUAUUAUGGUAAUGAAGAGGAUGAUGGUGAUGAUGCCAACAAUUGUUAUUCUUAUCGCUAAUUGAUGUCUAUAUAAGAUUUUUCACCAUACUGUAUUGGAAAUUGUUGAUUCUUGUUUGCGGUAUCCUUUAUGUCUGUAGUCUUUUUUACUAAAUCUAAACCGAACAUGAUACCAACUCCAGAGGUAAACUGAAUUCUUGAGUUUGCAGAAUAUUUGUAUAUAAAUGUAAUACUCUGUCCCUGUCAAUCUUGGUCAUUUUUUACAUGCCUAUUUAAGGGUGCAGCUCAUUUACCAGAGAGGGAGAAUUUUAUUUCA